UGCCGCGGCUGAGCCGGGACCGACCUAGGGCGAGAGAGCUGGUAACUGGGACCUCCCCCUUCCCAGAGGAACCAAUAGUUCAGUCCAACAUGGCUGCCACCAUGAAGAAAGCGGCUGCUGAAGAUGUCAAUGUUACUUUUGAAGAUCAACAGAAAAUUAACAAGUUUGCAAGAAAUACCAGCAGGAUUACAGAGCUGAAAGAAGAAAUAGAAGUUAAAAAGAAACAACUUCAGAAUUUGGAGGAUGCAUGCGAUGACAUGAUGAUGCUUGAUGAUGAAGAUUCAAUACUGAUACCGUAUCAGAUUGGUGAUGUUUUUAUCAGUCAUUCCCAAGAUGAAACACACGAGAUGCUGGAGGAGGCAAAGAAAAACUUACAAGGAGAAAUAGAAGCGUUAGAAUCUCGAGUGGAAUCAAUUCAGAGGGUAUUAUCUGACCUGAAGGUUCAGCUUUAUGCAAAAUUUGGAAACAAUAUAAACCUUGAGGCUGAUGAUAGUUAAUUUUUUCCUAAAUAUACAGUAUGCAGUUUUUGGUAUUGGUUUAUUAAAUGUUAUUCUUGACAUUUUUCUUCUUUCCAAUAAUGUUUUUUUAAAAAAUCCCACUCAUUUAUUGUUUUAUGGCUUUCCAGUCAUGAGUUCUACCUGUAUAAUGAAAGCUUUCUUAUUUUGCUUGCCUACAAGUAUUUAUUUGUUUCAGGAAAAGCAAUAGCCUUCCAUGAGUUGCUGAUGCACAUCAAGAUUGAGGUCUUUACAUUCUCUUUAAUAAUAAAGUCAAGGAAAUAUGAUACGUUUCCCUUGUUUUUAUUUGUGGAAAUUACUAUCCAGUGUGUGUGAAAUGCUAAACAUCUGAAACUUCUGCCAUCAGAUAUAUUGGAUUAAUCUGUCCUCACUGACCGUUAAUAGUUAACAAUUGUACUAUAAUACUUUUGCAUGAUUAUGUUUAAUGAUGUUUGCCUGCUUUUUAAAUUGCUUUGAUGUCUAUUGAUUAAAAGCACGAUAUACGAUCAUUAUCAA